AUGGAUUUUCAAGAAGACAAACCGCCUAAUUAUCAGCCCUUAUUGCAUUCGACAUCAGGGACGCCCCUUAUGAAUGCAAUUAAAGAAGAGGACUCUCCCACUUCGCCUGAAUUUGGUUUUGAGACUCCAUACCUUGAUAAUGCCAAAAAUUUAUCAAAUACUAAUCUAGAUGCAAUUGAUCAAUUUAAUAUUGCCUUAACAGGACUCCAUAAACCAUAUUUUGCAUCACCAAAAUUAGUAGGACCAAACUCAGGAUUUUAUUCUAUGUCAGAUGCUAACAACUCAAGUUCCAGUAUUAUAUAUAAUCCAACUUUUACCUUUGGUGGAAAUGAUACAUCCACUGCUACUAGCAAUAGUAUGAAUACGACGGCUACUUCCAACAACAAUAACAAUAUAUUUGGUAAGUUAGUUUCUCCAUACUCAAAUAGUGCUAAUAAUUCAAGUUUGACAAAUUUGAACAAUAGUUCCAUCAUACCAAAUAGAGAAAAAAGGCGUAGUGCAUACAAAUAUUUACCUUCAAGUGCUAAGUUCAGUCAAAUGGGAAAUGUGGGACCACCUCCACAAACAAGAAAUAAAUCCCCUGUAAGAUCUCCUUCUCCUGAUGAUUCUAGUAACAAGAGGAAAUCUGCUUUAUUAGAGUCACCAUUUAAUUUCAGUUCUUCUACUUUACAACCACCAGCUUUCUCACAAGGGCAGUUCAUGCCAAAAUUGUCACCAACAAGUAAUCAUCAUAACCAUCAGAGUACUCCUCCCCCAUCUGCUUCAAGGGCAUCUUUUCGUAAGGGUCAUAGAUACAAACAUUCUUCUGUAUCAAUGAACUUUUUCCAAGAACCAGAAGUCAAAAUCCCAUUAAACAUUGCCAAAGCAUUACCAAUCCCUGAUCUUCAUGAUCUAAAGGAAAAUUUAAUUUGGCCAAAGACUUAUAUUCAAUUAUUUAUCGUCUUGUUACAGAUCUCUCUGUGCCUUGUUACCUAUCAACUGGGCCACACAAAAAAUUGGAAUAAUUUUUUAACUUUAUCACAUUUUAUCACAUAUGAUAUCAUUGGAUCUUUAAUUAUCAUAUUUGUUGAGAAUUUGUCGCAAUUUGAAGUUUGGUCAAUAGGAACAUUAACAUUCCCUUUUGGACUAAAUAGAUUUGAUGUCUUAUUAAGCUUUGCAUCCGCCGUGUCACUAUGCUUUGUUGGAUUAGAUUUAAUGUUUCAUAUCUUAGAAGAAACUAUUGUAUUAUUUGUAGAAAGAUCUUCAUUUGAUGAUCAUUUGCUAUUGAAUAAAGAAGGUCCUAUGACACAACAUGAAGAAAUAGUCUCACAAAUCCCUCAUUCUCAUCACAGCACAAGUUCCGAUCUUUUAUUUAAUGAUCAUAAAGACACUCAAAUUUGGUUUUUGCUACUUGCUUUAAAUUUCUUCUUAGCAAAUAUAUCUUUGUAUAAGACAUAUGUUGCAAACAUGAAUAGUAAACUAAAGACUAAAAAUCCAUUAAUCACCAUUGGUUACACAGUAUAUUUAGCUUUGUACCCAUUUAUUGUGGGUCAUGGGAUCAUUUCGACUAUAUUAGAUCAUAUGGCUACAGGUUUAAUUGCUAUUUUUAUUCUUGUCCAUGGAUUCACCAUAUCUGAAUGGACAUCCACAAUUCUACUAAAUGGAUUUUCAACAACGACGUUAACUGGUUUCACUUUAACUGAUGAUAUGGAUAAAAAUAAUAAAGGUAGCUUUAAAGAUAAAGACACAUCUACAAAUUUGAUACGAAAAACAUCUUUAACAAGUUUACCUAUAGCGUCUAACUAUCAAAAUGAGUCUAAUAGUAUAUCUAAAAAAUGUUCCAAACAGCACAGAAAUAUAUUAAAAUGGAAUAAUACAAGCACAGAUUCACGCAGAAUUAAAUCUAUCAUUAUUGAAAGGAUUGAAUCUCUAAACGAAUUCAAGUCUAGAUGUAGGUUAAAAUAUGAAAAUUUGAUUAUAUGCAAGGUUAAUUUUAAUCUAUAUGUUGUUUUAAUUAAAAUUACUAUGCAAGGUGGGUCUAAUGAUGAUGAAAUUCAGUUAAUGAAUGCAAUUGAGAACUGUAUUAGAAAAUGUUUACCGUAUUCAGAAACAACAGUUGACAUUGAUAGAGUGUAA